AUGCCCAUUAUUGAAAAGGAUAAAAGUCGAAACAAUGAAUCUAGACAACCAAAAACCAAGAGAAGAAAAACUAUAUUAUUUUCUAUGACACUGUUAUUUCCAACUCUAUUGGUUUUAUUAGCCUUCGUCCCCACGGUGGUGCUGAAUACUGUUUCUCCAUUUGAUCAAGAUGAUGAAAAGGCAAGAUGGCUGAAAAUGUUUGAGAAGAGUGAAAAAUUGUUUAGACAAGUUCCAGAUUCUGGUAAUGCAUUUUAUGAUGAAAGAAAUAAUAUAUUAGGUCAUACACAUUUCUCCAAGAAUGUUUACUCAAGACAAGCUUAUGUUUCAAAUGGUUAUAUUGGUGCUAGAUUAUCAACAUUAGGUCAAGGUUUCACAUAUGAUCAAUUUAAUAUCCAUGCAAACUCAAUGGAUGAAGAAUUUUUGAAAAAUGGUUGGCCAUUAUUUAACAAACGUUAUACAGGUGCUUUUGUCUCUGGGUUUUUUGAUUUAGAACCUGAAUUACCUGAUACCAAUUUCCCUGAGUUAUAUGCUAAUGGUUCAGAUAGUGUGAUUUCAGCAAUUCCUUAUUGGCCCGUUUUACAAUUACAUGCUACAAUCGGUGGCCAACACUACAUUUUCGAUCCUCAACAAACUUUUGAUAACGAUGUUACAAAUUAUGUUCAAAAUUUAUCGUUACAAAACGGUAUUGUCUCAACCCGUUUAACUUGGUUAAAUAAAGUGAAUGUUAAGAUUAAUGUUAUGGCUCAUAAACAAAUUGCGCCCUUGGGUCUUAUAUCCAUGGAAUUGAGUGCUGUUGAUGAAGAUGUUGAAAUGAUUGUUCAAGAUCAAUUGAAUCUUACUACAGCUCAAAGAUCUGUUUUGCAAGAUAUAGGUGUUGAUGAUCUAGGAAUUUAUAUGCAAGUUACGCCUAAUAAUAUUGAUUAUUCUAGAGUUGCUGUAUACUCAAGGUUAGAUUUGAAUGAUACCCACUCAUAUGUGGAUGAAGAAGGACAAACCGUUAUAAAUGAACAUCAUUUUACAUUAACCAAAGAAAAAUUUAAAAUUACAAAGUAUGCUGGAAUAAUAUCAACUGAGUAUCAAGAAAGGGGUACAGGAUCCGAGUUAGAAAAUGCCAAAAAGAUUGUUGAUUUUGCUCAAAGUGUUGGUUUACAACAACUAUAUGACUCACAUAAUCAUGAAUGGGAUGAACAAUUUAAAGAGACCAAUAUUUAUAUUCCUGGAAGUGGAUUUUUAACUCUAGCUGCAAGAUCAAGUCUUUAUCAUCUUUAUGCAAAUACAAGAAUCGGUACCAGAGACUUAACUUCAGCAUUAGGUACUACUGGUUUAAGUUCAGAUAGUUAUGGUGGUAUGACAUUUUGGGAUACUGAUUUAUGGAUUGUACCUGCAAUUUUGCCCUUUGCUCCACAAGUCGCAAAGUGCAUUAGUCAAUAUAGAAACUUUACACAUAAUCAAGCUAUUGAAAAUGCUCAAGAAUAUGGAUUCGAAGGUGCUGCUUAUCCUUGGACUUCUGGUAGAUUUGGUAAUUGUACAUCAACAGGACCUUGUGUUAAUUAUGAAUACCAUUUAAACGUUGAUAUUGCUUACAGUUCGUGGUUAAUUUAUUUGGCAAGUGGUGAUGAAGAAUAUUUAAGGUAUACAGCUUGGCCAAUUCUUAGAGAUGCUUCAAAUUUCUUGACUGAUUAUGUCACCUUCAAUACAACUUUGAAUCAAUUCACUACUCAUAAUCUUACGGAUCCAGAUGAAUAUGCUAACCAUGUUGAUAAUGGUGCUUUUACUAAUGCUGGUAUUGACUCCUUGAUGAAAUGGACUUUAAUGGCCGCUAGUCAUUUAGGUGAGCCAAUCAAUCCAAAAUGGGCAAAAGUUAACGAUAAUGUUUAUAUUCCAAGAUCUGAAGAUGGUAUUACUUUGGAAUACAUUGGUAUGAAUGCUUCAGUAUCGAUUAAACAAGCGGACGUUGUGUUAUUAACUUUCCCAUUGGAUUUCAAUGACCAUCAUAGCUAUGAAGAUGCAGAAAGAGACCUUUACUAUUACUCAAUUAAACAAGCUGAUGUUGGACCUGCAAUGACAUUCCCUGUAUUUUCAAUUGCAUCUGCAAAAUUGUUAAAUAAAGGUUGUUCAGUCCAUAGCUAUUUACAAAAGUCUGUUUUGCCUUAUUUGAGAGCUCCAUUUGCACAAUUUAGUGAACAAGCUGAUGAUAACACUGCAACAAAUGGUGGUACAAAUCCUGCUUUCCCAUUCAUGACUGGUCAUGGUGGUUAUUUACAAGCUUUGGUAUAUGGUGUUCAUGGAUUAAGAUUUUCUGUCAAGUUAACCCCUGAUGGUAAAUUAGAUAGAUUUUUGACAUUUGACCCUAUUGCUAUAUCUGGAUUACCAGGAGGUGUUAAAAUUAGUGGAUUCAAAUAUUCAAACCAAUUGCUAGAUGUUAUAGUGACUGAUAUUGAGGGUAUUAUAAUUCAUAAAGGUGAUGAUCCAAUUGAGAUUGAAGUUCGUGAGAGAAACCCAAAAACUGGAAGAUAUACAUUACAACCAGGUGAAAAAUUAAAAGUUCCACUAUUUGUUCCUGGUAUGAAUAUUGAUGGUUCAACUGUGGAAUGUAAACCAAUUACAAACUUGACUGUUGGUGUUCCUGGCGAUGUUCCUUUGAGUGCUAUUGAUGGUAAUAAUUAUACAUAUUGGCAGCCAUUAGAUAGAGAGCCUGCUAGAUUAUUAAUUGACCUUGGAUUUCCUCAAAAAUUAUCUAAGGGGCUGAUUAUUUGGGGUGAGAGACCUGCAAAGACCUUGAGUAUAUAUGGAACUGAAGAAAUUUCAUUGGAUAUGGAAGAGGCUUUUAUGAACAUUGAAAAUAUUAAAUUUACUUCACUUGUUGAUAAAUUAGAUAUUGAAACAAGUGAACCUUACAAAGAAGAAUAUUCAAAAGAUAUCAAAUUACUACCAAACAAUAUAACAGAAUUUGAGAUUGGUAACAAUACUUUAUUUACCAAGUUUAUCAUCGUGGAGAUCACUGAUGCUUUAGAUCCACAAGAACCGAGUGGUGCAACAGUGAACGAAGUGGCUCUAUUCCAGUAA